UCCUGCCCUCGCCCGCUCCAGGCGACCCGCUGAGAGAUGGACUUGGCAGGCGUGCUGCUGGCGCUGCUCCUCGUGCUGGUGCUGGUUGUCUCUCUGCUCUCCAACCUCCUGGUGCUGCUAUGCUUCGUCUACAGUACGGAGAUCCGCAAGCAGGUCGCCGGGGUUUUCCUGGUGAACUUAUCCUUCUGCAACCUGCUUCUCACCGUUCUGAACAUGCCUUUUACCCUGCUGGGCAUCCUGAGGAACCAGCAACCCCUCGGGGGCUGCGUCUGCAAGGCGGUGGGUUUCCUGGAAACUUUCCUGACUUCCAACACAAUGCUGAGCAUGGCAGCGCUCAGCAUCGACAAAUGGAUUGCCGUGGUGUUCCCCCUAAGCUACACCAGCAAGAUGCGGUAUAAGGACGCUGUGAUACUGAUGGGCUACUCGUGGCUCCACUCCCUCACUUUCCCCUUGGUAUCCUUGUUUUACUCAUGGGUAGAUUACAACAGCGUUUACGCCUCUUGCACCUUGCACCUGAAGGAAGAGACGGAGAGGAGAAGGUUUACAGUGUUCACCAUUGUCUUUCACUCCACCAGUUUCAUGCUGUCUCUGGUGAUCUUGUGUUUCACCUAUUUAAAGGUGUUGAAAGUUGCCCGGUUCCACUGCAAGCGGAUAGACAUUAUUACCAUGCAGACUCUGGUUUUGCUGGUGGAUAUCCACCCCAGUGUGAAGCAGCGCUGUCUGAACGAGCAGAAAAGGAGGAGGCAGCGGGCUACCAAGAAAAUCAGUAUUUUUAUAGGGUCGUUCGUGAUCUGUUUUGGUCCUUACAUUAUCACCAGGUUGAUAGAGCUCAUUCCUUUUGUUACCAUAAAUUACUACUGGGGAAUUAUAAGCAAGUGCCUGACCUACAGUAAGGCUGCAUCAGAUCCGUUUGUUUACUCACUUUUACGUCAACAGUACAAAAAAGUUCUGAUCAACAUCGUCAACAGGAUACUGAAGAGGGACCUGUAUCCGUCAUCGGGGUACAACAGUUCUCUCGAUACUGAAAACGAUUACUGUUUGCACAGAACAAACUGACAACAGGAAAACACUCCCCUUCCAGGGAGACAGGUGUUUGCUGCUGCUGGAAAACUGCCUUUCUCCUCUCCUGCUGACAGUGCUGACAGUGUCUCCAGGGUGUGAAGGCUGCAUUGACGAGACACAUUGCAUCGUGGACUUUCAUAAAAAGGCUCUUCCCUGGUCUGCAGCCAAGCACAAUUCAUGACAAAGCCUUGUCCCCAGUGAGCAGAGUUGGCUUGAGGGGUUUUGAGAGAGCCUUUCAAGGCUUUAGAGGAGCUUAGACAGCUCUUAAUGUUUCAUGUGUGAAGACUUGGUAUGUCUUGGAGUGUUCCAUAUCAGACAUGACAUUCCAGUGUCUUCUGGGAGCACAAGAAUCCCCAUGUUGGAAGGACAGGUUCAGAGUCCUCCUCUGGGAGCACAGGAAUCCCCACAUUGGAAGGACAGGUUCAGAGUCCUCCUCUGGGAGCACAGGAAUCCCCACAUUGGAAGGACAGGUUCAGAGUUCUCCGUGCUGCACAUGUAACUUGUCAGCCCAGGAUCUGCUGUUGGUUUUGAACAUCAAAAAUAGAUAUUUUAAUUGAUUGAUUUAUUGUAUUGGUGCCUCAAGUGAGUCAGCACUUUGAAUCUGAGAUUGUUAUUAUUAUUAUUAUUAUUAUUAUUAUUUAUUACUAGGCAUCAUGAUUGUAACAUAGCCUUUAGGAAGUGGUACAUAUAUAUAUUUGAUAUGCCAGUAUUCUAUCAAGCAUAACCAAAGUCCACAUAUCUGAGUUACUAAUAUUUAGCACUUCAGUGGUACGUGAUUACAAUAAUUGCAGCAACAGUAAUGAAGACAUGUACGGAAUUUAGUUAAAUAGCACUGUAGUUCCACCACUGAGCUAGUAGUCCUAUUCAAGCAAGCUUUUUUAUUCAGAAAAAAAAAAUCAGUAGAAGUGACAGAUACCAUUGUGUUUAAGAUAUAUUACUCCAGAAGCUAUCUGUUUUCAAAGGAAAGGCUAAAUAUAUUAAUCCUUUUUAAGGGAUAUAUAAUGUGUAAAAUAUAUCAUGCAUUGGCUAUAUAUAUGGUGGAUUGUCAUAAUACUGUACAAUCUUUUCUUUAAUAAUGAUCUAAUAAUCUGGUGAUUUUAACUGAAAAUAAGAGAUGUCAGAAAUAUUAUAACAGACCUGCUGCCAAAUGCCCAGAAAUAUAAAGCUGCUUUGUUAUCAUAUGUAUUUUUCUCUUUUAUUUCUUUUUAAAUUUAAACAGGUUUUGAAAAAAUGUGGGAAUUAUUUUUGAACAAUAUUCCUUUGAUUAUGUAAGACAUUUAAUAAAAUUUAAGAAUUCUAUGGCAUUCAAUAAACUACUAUUUUCUAAUUGAGUACAUAAGGGAAAAAGUAAAGCAAUUCUAAAGUAUAUUUUAAGAAAAAUAAAAAGAAAGAUGACAGUAAAGUACUCCUAUUUUUUACGUAACAAUGCACUUGACCCUAUAAAGCGUUGAGAAGGCUAUUUCUGGUCAAACUAAGCAUAUAAGCAUGUGAUUAGGCACAAAUAUAAUUUUCUUUGAAGCUAACAGUUCUAUUUCUAUGCUGAAAAUUAAGUACACAGUCAAGUGUUUUGCAAAAUCAGUGUUGAGCUGUCAGCACAUUGAGAGGGUUUUUCCCACCAUCCACAGUGAGGAAGGAGAGUGUCUUGUUCAAUCCCACUGAAGUCAAGGAAAGAUGAUGCCAUCUAACAAAUACAAUGUUCUCUUACCUCCUGCUUUUAAUCUCUGGGGCCUUUAUGAUGCUCUUUUUUUUUUUUUUCCUUUCUCCCAUGCAAGUACCUUAGGCCUCUGUGCUUUGCAUCUAUAGUUCUGCCUGUGUUUAAAUUGAAUGUACUAUAAUGGUUUUGUCUUCUUAGUAAAGUAUUUGUACUCUCUUCAAUUUUGUGUAAAUACAGUAUUUCAGAAAAAAAAAAAAAA